AUGGCCGAAAUCUUCGAAGCCAUGCUGCGCGCCGCCAUACUCCUCGCUCUCGCCGCCAGCGCGUUCGCUGGAGGACACUUUUCCGGAGGUUACAGCCUGGGCUACGGUCUUGGCUAUGGCGGUCUUGGCCAUUCCCACUACGGUCUCGCCCAUGGCAUUGGAUACUCCGGCCUGACCGGCUACGGUCUUGCCUACGGGUAUGCUCCAGCUGCGAGCUACGCCAUCGCUGCCCCAGCUGUCGCUGCGUACGCCGCCCCAGCCUACACUCGGUAUGCGUACGCGGCUCCAGCUGUGCACAAGGUCGUGCAUGCAGCUCCAGUGGUAGCCGCUGCUCCAGCCGUGGCUUACGCUGCCGCUCCGGCUGUGCACAAGGUCGUGCAUUCAGCUCCAGUAGUAGCAGCGGCCCCAGCCAUAGCUUAUGCUGCUGCUCCGGCUGUUGCUAAGGUCCACACGUACGCUGCCCCUGCCGUUGCCACUGUACAUCAUGCUCCGGCUGUUGCCGCCGUUACACAUGCCGUGCCAGCCGUGGCUGCCUACCACACGGCCCCUGUCUACGGCUAUGGUGUCAGCAGCCUUGGCUACGGCCUUAAACACUAUGGUUAUGGCCACGGUCUUCUCGGCUAUGGUCUUAACUAUGGCUAUGGCCUCGGCUCUCCCUUCCAUUACGCCACACUUCUGCGCAAGAAAAAGUAAAUUUCUCCAAUGGAUUAGAAGGGCCGAAAUACAAUGCAUAUAGGAAUGAGAAAACACUCUUGGAAUCUGCAGGCGCUUGUACUUACUGUAGCAGACAAAUAAACUGUUUCCAUAGAAUCUU